CCCGGUACCAGGAAGCGCUGGGGGGAAGAGGAGCGGAGUUGAAACAAGCCAGGAUGGUGGUGCCUUCGCUGAAGCUUCAAGAUCUAAUCGAGGAAAUUCGUGGGGCCAAGACCCAGGCCCAGGAGCGGGAGGUGAUCCAGAAGGAGUGCGCCCACAUCCGCGCCUCCUUCCGCGAUGGGGACCCUCUGCACAGGCACCGCCAGCUGGCCAAACUGCUCUACGUCCACAUGUUGGGCUACCCCGCCCACUUUGGACAGAUGGAGUGCCUGAAACUGAUCGCCUCCCCCAGAUUCACAGACAAGAGGGUGGGCUACCUGGGGGCCAUGCUUCUACUGGAUGAGAGGCAGGAUGCCCACCUGCUCAUUACCAACAGCAUCAAGAAUGACCUGAGCCAGGGGAUUCAGGCAGUACAAGGCCUGGCCCUGUGCACUCUGAGCACUGUGGGCUCUGCUGAGAUGUGCCGGGACCUGGCCACUGAGGUGGAGAAACUGCUCCUGCAGCCCAGCUCCUAUGUGCGCAAGAAGGCUGUUCUGACUGCAGUGCACAUGAUCCGGAAGGUCCCCGAGCUCUCCAACAUUUUCCUCCCACCCUGUUCCCAACUGCUUCAUGAAUGCCACCACGGCAUCCUGCUGGGCACCAUCACGCUGAUCAUGGAGCUCUGUGAACGAAACCCUGCAGCCCUCAAGCACUUUCGAAAGGUGGUUCCCCAGCUGGUGCAGAUCCUCCGGACUCUGGUGACGACGGGAUACUCGGUAGAACACAGUGUAUCUGGAGUCAGCGACCCCUUUCUGCAGGUCCAGAUACUUCGUCUGCUUCGGAUUCUGGGCCAGAACCAUGAAGAAAGCAGUGAGACCAUGAAUGACUUGCUGGCCCAGGUGGCCACUAACACAGACACCAGCCGAAAUGCGGGCAACGCGGUCCUGUUUGAGACUGUGCUGACCAUCAUGGACAUCCGCGCUGCAGCCGGCCUGCGGGUUCUGGCUGUCAACAUUCUCGGCCGCUUUCUGCUCAACAAUGACAGGAACAUUAGGUACGUAGCCCUGACGUCAUUGCUGCGUAUGGUGCAGUCCGACCACAGCGCUGUGCAGCGGCACCGGCCCACUGUGGUGGAGUGUCUGCGGGAACCCGACGCCUCCCUGAGCCGGCGGGCCCUGGAACUGAGUCUGGCUCUGGUGAAUAGCUCCAAUGUGCGAGCCAUGACACAAGAGCUGCAGAGCUUUCUGGAAUCCUGCCCCCCUGAUCUACGGGCCGACUGUGCCUCAGGCAUCCUGCUGGCAGCAGAGAGGUUUGCCCCAACCAAGCGGUGGCACAUAGACACCAUCCUGCGUGUGCUGACAACGGCAGGCACCCAUGUACGGGAUGAUGCGGUGGCCAACCUGACCCAGCUGAUUGGGGGUGCUCAGGAGCUACACGCCUACUCUGUGCGCCGUCUCUACAGCGCCCUGGCAGACGACAUCUCCCAACAACCGCUGGUGCAAGUGGCAGCCUGGUGCAUUGGAGAAUACGGGGACCUCCUGCUGGAGGGGGCCUGUGAGGAAACUGAGCCCCUUCAGGUGGAGGAAGAGAAGGUGUUGGCACUCCUCGAAAAGGUGCUGCAGUCCCAUAUGUCCCUACCAGCCACCCGAGGAUAUGCCCUGACAGCCCUCAUGAAGCUCAGCACCCGGCUCCGUGGGGACAACAACCGCAUCCGCCAGGUGGUGUCCAUCUACGGGAGCUGCCUGGACGUGGAGCUGCAGCAGCGGGCCGUGGAGUACAACAUGCUCUUCUGGAAGUACGACCACAUGAGGGCUGCCAUCCUAGAAAAGAUGCCUCUCGUGGAGCGAGGUGGCACUCAGGAUGAGGAAGCAAAGGAAAGCAAAGAGGCCCAGCUUUCGGAAGCAGCCCUUGUUGCCACAGAGCCGCAGGCCUCCAAGCUCUUGGAUCUGUUAGAUCUCCUGGAUGGCACUUCUGGGGCUGCCCAGCCCCCACCUGCUCUGGAACCCUCCCCAGGAGGCACUUUAGUACACCUCCUCGACCUGCCCUGUGUGUCUCCAGCCCCAGCUUCCAUCCCAAAUCUCAGAGUGUUUGAGCGUGAAGGACUGCAGCUGAAUCUGUCUUUUGUUCGCCCCCCUGGAACCCCUGCUUUGCUCUUAAUCACGGUCACUGCUAUCAACACCUCAGGGGCUGAUGUCACCCACUUUGUCUGUCAGGCUGCCGUGCCCAAGAGUUUCCAGCUGCAGCUACAGGCCCCCAGUGGGGACACAGUUCCAGCUCAGGGUGGCCUUCCAAUGACCCAGCUCCUCAGAAUCCUCAAUCCUAACAAGGCCCCCUUGAGGCUAAAGCUGCGCCUCACCUACAACCACUUUGGCCAGUCGGUGCAGGAGAUCUUUGAAGUGAACAACUUGCCCGUGGAGACGUGGCAGUAACUCAGCCUCCACUCAGUCUGAAAUCCUCCUGUAUCCCAAACUCCCCAGGGUCUCGGCCACUUGGAGCCUGCACCUGACGACUACCAGCAAGUGGCGCUCUGGUCCUGCGUUUGCCUCUGCAAAAUCGGGGCGGGGGGGGGGGGGGGGCGCCCUUCCCCCCCC